AUGGCAUUUUCACAACCCAUUCUGCGGACGCUUUGCAGCGUACUCUUCUUCCUGUCCUGCGUGCAGGCGCUCAAGUUCGACAUUGAGGCUUUCAGUAAAGGGGACACAAGGGGGACGAGAUGUAUUCGGAAUUUCGUUGCGAAAGACACUUUGGUUGUAGUCACGGCUACUGUGGAUGGUUCGAAGGGCGAUGGAAUGAUUCUUAAUAUGCAUAUCAAAGAUGCGGUUGGAAAUGAAUAUGGACGACCGAAGGACGUAGUGGGCGAGAAGAGAAUGGCAUUUACUUCUCACGCUGAUGCAUCAUUUGAUGUAUGCUUCGAGAACCAUUUCUCCGGCACUACUGGAGUAUCAAACCCAUACCGUCAUAUCGAACUCGACAUCGACAUUGGCGCGGAUGCCAAGGAUUGGUCUGCUGUUCAAGCAACUGAGAAGCUGAAGCCGGUCGAAACCGAAUUGAGGCGCAUGGAGGAGAUGGUUGCUGAGAUUGUCGCCGAGAUGGACUACUUACGAUCCCGCGAACAGAAGCUCAGAGAUACGAAUGAGAGCACGAAUAACAGAGUGAAGUGGUUUGCUUUUGGUACCAUGGGCAUGCUGGUAGCAUUGGGAGCGUGGCAGGUCAUUUAUUUGCGGGCGUAUUUCAGAUCAAAGCAUCUCAUCUAG